AUGCCGUCUUCGACUCUACAGCAUGGCCGUUCCUUCCUCUCGUUCCAAGCUGGUCUUCGGAAGCUUGCGCAUCGUACGCAGCCUUGCGAGAGCGGGACGGAUUGGAUUGUCAACACACGUGUCACGGACUGCUUCUGUGGUCCGAUGCAUGAAUUGAACCAGGAGCUGCACAUUCCACGGCACACAAGGUCUCAUUCCGCAGAACUGAUCGAGCAUGACGUUGCUGCAGGAGCAGCGCACGGCAUGCUGCGCAGGCACAAGCUCGGACACGGCUGGUUCAUCAUGUCGACGACCUUGCACAUCAGGAAGCUGCAUCAUGCCAGGAUGCUUUGUCGAGUGUGA